UUCACGCUAAGAUAAAAAGAAUCAUAGUGCUUUAUCUUUCUCAAUCUUGGAGAAACAUUGUGGAUCCUGGCAUUACAGCCAGCACAUCUAUCCUUAAUUAUAUUAAGCAUAUAUCAUCAUCAGUUAGCCUACUAUGGAGCCAAGGAACCAAGCUGUUGGAACAUUUCAAGUGUGGGACUAUAUAGUUUUUGCCUGCCUGUUUGUAGUUUCUUCAGGUAUAGGUGUCUUUUUUGCCAUAAAGGAGAGGAAGAAUGAUUCAUCCAGUGAAUUUUUGGUUGGGGGCCGGCAGAUGACCUGUGGUCCAGUGGCGCUCUCCCUCACAGCUAGCUUCAUGUCAGCAGUAACGGUUAUUGGAGCUCCAGCCGAUGUAUACCGCUUCGGGGCCUCGUAUAUUAUCUUUGGCUUCGCCUACACACUUAUGGUGAUCUUAACAGCAGAGCUCUUCCUGCCUGUGUUCUACAGGUCAGGGAUUACGAGCACAUAUGAGUAUCUCGAGCUGCGCUUCUGUAAGCCAGUCCGCAUAGCUGCUACUCUCAUUUAUAUGGUGCAAACAAUUGUGUACACAGGAGUGGUGGUCUACGCCCCAGCUUUAGCUCUUAAUCAAGUAACACAGUUCAAUCUGUGGGGGGCCAUAUUUGCCACUGGUAUUGUCUGCACAUUCUACUGCACACUGGGAGGACUAAAGGCCGUAGUAUGGUCUGACGCAUUCCAGAUGGUGGUUAUGGUAGCUGGUUUUCUCAUUGUGCUGAUACAAGGCUCAUAUAAGAAUGGAGGAAUCAGCACAGCAUGGAGCACAGCAGAGGCUGGAGGCAGACUAAAUGUGUUUGAGUAUGUCUCACCUAUGUAUGUCUCACCUAACCUCCUUACAAUGAACAUGUUCAACUUUGACCCCAAUCCCCUGAGACGCCACACAUUCUGGACUGUCACUGUUGGGGGCAUGUUCACAUGGCUGGGUAUCUAUGGUGUAAAUCAGUCCACUAUCCAGAGGUGCAUUUCCUGCAAGACAGAGAACCAUGCUCGCUGGGCUCUGUAUCUGAAUCUGCUGGGUCUGUUGGUGAUUUUGUUCUGUGCUGUGGUCUCAGGACUCAUCAUGUAUGCUUUAUACGCCAACUGUGACCCCUGGACCGCUGGCUACGUAUCAGCUCCAGACCAGCUUAUGCCAUAUUUUGUACUGGAUAUACUGGGCAACUUUCCAGGCCUUCCUGGGCUAUUUGUGGCCUGUGCUUUCAGUGGAACUCUCAGUACAGUGGCUGCUAGCAUCAAUGCUCUGGCUACAGUGACAUAUGAGGAUUUUGUAAGCCAGUGUUGGCGAGACCUUUCCAACAGAACAGCUACCUGGAUCAGCAAAGCACUAUGCGUGGUCUUUGGGGUGGCCUGCACCAGCAUGGCCGUGGCUGCGUCAUACAUGGGCUCUAUUGUGCAGGCUGCUCUCAGCAUCCAUGGCAUGUGUGGAGGACCCAUGCUUGGCCUUUUCUCACUAGGAAUCCUCUUCCCUUUCACAAACUCCAAGGGAGCUGCAGGGGGCCUGAUCGUGGGCAGCGCUCUGUCCUUCUGGGUGGGGGUGGGAGCCUUCAUCCACCCUGCCCCUGACACCAAUACACGACCCCUGCCUCUAAGCACAGAGAACUGUAGUAUAGUAAACCACACGGCUCCUUUGAUCACCCAGACACCUCUGAUAAUGAGCAUAUCCUCUGCCUCAGAAAGGUCUGUGCUGAUUGACUCCUGGUACUCCAUGUCCUACCUUUACUACAGCACAGUGGGUUUCCUUGGUACAGUGAUCAUGGGCCUGCUCAUCACACUGCUAACUGGCCCCACUAAGCCACAGGAGUUGAAGCCAUGGUUGAUUCGUCCAGUGUGUGACCUAUUCUGCUUCUGUUCAGAGAAAUACAGGCGUAUGUUCUGGUGUGGCGUCAGACAUGAGGAGGAGAAAGUGGAUCUGGAUGGUGUGGAUUUGGGAACAGAUUUGGGAAGAGCAAGCAUGGAACACCCAGACACUGUCAAAAGAAACUCAAGAAAAAGCAGAAAGAAGCAGAGUUAUGAGAUGCAGAAAGAAACUUAUGUAAAUACAUGUUUUGUUCCAGACAUAGACAAAGUGCAGUUAAAACAACUAUAACCUUAAACCUUACAAAUUCAAAACCAAAAACCACUCAGCUCACUUUAGUUAAAAGAUACAAUCAAUGAUUUAUUACAGAAAAGAGUGAUAUCCAAAUUUAUGUUAUAGAUUUUUGUUGUACACUAUUUUAAAACUUUUUAAACAUGUAAACAGGGAUGGUGUAAACAAAGCGUGUUGCUGAUACAGUUUAUGCCACCGUAUAAUUAAAUAUAAAUCAGAAUAUGCUCUUCAAACUGAUCAAACUGGGCUUCAUCAUCUCAUUUGUCAGAGGUUAGAGGUCAGAGUUAUUUUUUUAACCCUACUGAACAUAUUGAGUGAGCACAUAUUGCCAGUUUUAUACAUUAUGCCUCAGGAGUAUCAAUUUUGCAUAUCUCACCAAUGCAUAAUAUGUAUUAAUAAACUGUCCCAUAACUACACUC